AUGUCUCAGGCCAGGCAAACGCGGUCCCUGACGCCUCCAACCGAAGUUCAGCGCCUAACAGAUCCCAACACUUCAGCCUACAAACAAGCAGCCUUGCGACGAUACAGUUCGGCCGAAAAGCUUGGCGGGAACCCCUCCAAUAUCCUUAGCUCACACUCUCCAUACUCGCCACCGACUGCUGUUCGUAUCGACUUCUGCUGCUCUUCACAGGAAGAUCUCGCCCUGAACCCCCAACUCCUGGCGAAGGACCCGGAGAUGUUGUCAAACUUCUUCCACCCAACUAAAGCUGAUGACAAUCGGCAAAGAGAGCGAUCCGAUACGACUGGCGAUUUUGACGAAACCCCGUUGCCGAGCCUCCGACCUUCAAUGGCUGACAUGUCGUUGAAAAAGGUUGAGGGUGACGUCGCCUCAAGCAUUUCCGCGGCCAAAAGUGGUGCCUUCCGCCAUGCCCUUCUCCAAACCUCUUCCGGGCGCCCGAAUAUCAUCGAUAAGGACUUGCCCGUGCCUCCUAUUCUGAGUCCACAGGCGAGCAAGAACCAUCGCUCGGACACACAAGACGACAAAGGUGACUACGAGAACAGGUUGAAAAUUGCUAUUCCGUCCAGGAAGUACCCGUACACCCAGCCGCACGACAACACUUUUCCUUUUAUCGAGUCACAGCCUUCAGAGUCCAUGUCUAACAUCAACCCGUCCUUUCCGAGAGAAACGGUCUGCGUGGAUCCUCUUUUGCACCCGGACGAGUCUCAUAUCAAAGCCCACCACCGCGGUCUCCUGAAAGGUGCCGACUUCUGCGAUGCUGGCGUUCAAGGACAGCCGAUAGCCCAGUUGCCAGAUGCAUCCUCAAGCUCUUCCUCGUCAUCGUCCACUUCCUCAGAAGCAGCAGUCGUCCACGCCAGAGUCCGCCGUGCCAUGACUGGCGACGACCUAUGCCUUUCCACUGUCGAAGUUACCGUUCCAAAGCACGGCGGCCACAGCCAUGCCACAAAAAUAAGGCCGGCCUUUAAUUCACCCGCCUUCCACUAUCCCAGGGGGGACCAAGAACAGAAAUCCCCUAUUGGAGUUUCCAAGGUACGGCCUUUUGACCCAGCCAAGGAACAUAUGUUGCCUGAAAGAACUAUCCUUCAAUCCUCGGCUGCAGCGGACGACAACAACGGAAGCCUUGCGGCCAUUCCUAUAUCCAAAGUACGCCCCUUUACCCAGGAGCCACCCCAACUGAACCGCCACGCGGGGCAUCAGCUGGUUUCUAAGGUACGCCCUUUUAGCGAAGAGUCCAACGCCGACACCGAGAAAAACCGGGCGGGAUACUUUGCGGUUGGGUCGGACGAAUCGGCGAAAGAGGACCUUGCCAAAGUCGAUAAGUCACGAUCCUCUGCCACCCCGCGUUCCAGAGCAAGCACUAUCGACUACAAACGCACUGCACAGUGGAUAAGACAGUUGCUGAAAAAUCCAGAGACACACACUGCGAAGUUGACUGAAAGGCCUUCCAAGGAGAAAAGGACAUAUUAUACUGCACUGAAGGACUCCCCAGAGCACAGCCAAAUCUCCCGCAAAAUGACUCGACAUACAACCCUGCCGCCGUCCGAUGUUGAGCCCAGUAUUUUCCAAGACACUUUUGGGGAGCUUGAGCGUCUGCUCCACGAAGCAUUGGCGUUGGCCUCACGAGCCGUGGACCGCGAAGAAGCAAAGUCUGCCGACUCUGAGCAAUCCCCACGCAACAUCUCGAACGGAGUGGCACCACUCACGGCCCCCGACGACGAUACUGAGCAGUUCUCAGACAUCGACUUGACUGACAACAAAGUGACCACCAAACCCGCCUCGAAACGCGCUGCCACGUUUCCCAAUGCUGCGCGACCCAAUGAGAGCAAUGUGGACGAUUUGUACAGAAACAUAUCUCUGACCCCUCAGACAGCAGAACUCAAGAACAUGCUUGGGCAAAAGAUUAAGCUGCACCGAGCAGUCGCGAACACCAAACGUAGGCACAAGACCCGUUCACGUCAGACUGCUCCUGUACCAGAGAGGAUUUCGAGCAGGAAAAGGAGUAAAAGUCUGAAGACAACGAAGCGAAGACUCAGACCAUUGCCCACAGAUUCGGAUGUGACCAGCAUGGAUGGAUCCAACGACUCCUCCGAUGUCAAAAUCUCGAAUCAAUCGCAAACUCAAAACAGGAGCAGUGGACCUACCCGUCCUCGGGCGAGCACCAAGCGAAUUCCUUUCAUGUCUCACAAGACUGGCGAGAAUGUUCUUCCAGAGCGAGAUCCGGCCGGACGCCCGAUCCAUAACAGCCGUGGUAUCAGCCUACGCGGCAAGUCCCAUGUCAGUCUGCGUGGUACGCAAGCAUUCAGCCUGGCUAAGUCGAAACGACGCCAACCAAUUGCCCGAGACUGGUCUCCGGUUCGGAAGAGAGCCAUCGCAGCCGUGGCUUGCAUCAGUACGGCUCUCAUUGGCAUGGUCAUCGGAAUCUACGCCGGCUUGGUACCAUCGCUGCAAUACUACAUUCUCGACACGAGUCACUCAAUCAUCAACGGAAACGUCGGCUGCUUCCUAGGCAUGGCUAUCCCGACGUUCUUCUGCUGGCCACUUCCCCUCAUGCAUGGGCGCAAGCCAUACAUCACAACUAGCCUGGUCUUGACAAUGCCGCUUCUAUUUCCACAGGCUCUGGCCGUAAGCGCCCAGCGGUUUUAUAAUCUCACCGGAUAG